AGUACACUCACAUUUGCUUGCACUUCACUCUUACCAGAGCAAUGACAGAAGCAUCAAAAAGGUAUGCACUUGUAACAGGAGCUAAUAAGGGAAUUGGUUAUGGGAUAUGCAAGAAAUUGGCUUCAAGUGGUGUUAUGGUAGUGCUUACUGCUAGAAAUGAGAAAAGAGGUUUAGAUGCUGUAGAAAGUUUGAAAGAGUUAGGUCUUUCUGACUUUGUGGUUUUUCAUCAACUUGAUGUCACUGACCCUACAAGUGUUUCUUCUUUAGUUGAGUUCAUCAAAAUCCAAUUUGGGAAGCUUGAUAUCUUGGUGAACAAUGCUGGUGUUGCUGGAGGAAUAGUGAAUGGAGAGAAUGUUGUUAAACAGGUAAGGGGUGAAAUAUCUGAUUGGAAUUUAGCACUGCGUCAAACUUAUGAAUUAGCCGAAGAAUGUGUUGAAAUAAACUUCUUUGGUGCUGAAAGAGUAACUGAAGCUCUUAUUCCCCUGCUCCAGUUAUCUACUUCACCUAGAAUUGUCAAUGUCUCCUCUAGACGUGGAAAAUUCAAGUUUAUGCCAAAUGAGUGGGCAAGAGGAGUAUUUGAUGACAUCAAUAACGUUACAAAUGAAAAACUUGGUGAAGUGCUUAGAGAGUUUCUGAAAGAUUACAAAGAAGGAGCAUUGGAAACAAAAAAUUGGCCAACGUUUGUUUCUGGUUACACAAUGGCAAAAGCAGCUUUAAAUUCUUACACAAGGUUGCUAGCUUUGAAGCUCCCUCGUUUCCGCAUAAAUUGUUUAUGCCCUGACUUUGUUAAGACUGAUAUUAAUGAGAUGAAAGGGUUUUUAAGCAUUGAUGAAGGCGCUGAAUGUCCUGUUAACCUAGCAUUGUUGCCAGAUGAUGGCCCUUCUGGUCUAUUUUUUUUACAUGAUGAAGUUAUUUCAUAUUAAUAAUCCAUCAACUUUGUCCCUAAAUCAACACUCUCUCUCCAAUUUAAUCCUUAAAGUUUAUACAUAUAAUGUAACAAUCAAUACUUAGGUAUUGUUUGGUUCUAAAGAUUGUGUGAGGACAGAUAGCAAUAUUAAGGAAAGUUUUUUGAAA